AUGUGGCAAUGCCACCGGGCGCCCCGGGGGGACGGGCGGAGGGGGAGCCCCAGCCGGGGGGCAGGUGUCGUGCCUUUCGUGGCCCUGCUACUGCUGCAAAGGAGGCCGGUGGCCGGGCGGGCGCUGCUGGGGACGGGCUCUGCGUGUCCCACCAACGGGCUGUGCCGGGCCAAUGUCCAGGAGCAGACCCGCAGGCAGGUUGCACUGCUCAACGCCACGGCGCAGGACCUCUUCAGCCUCUAUCUGAAGUGCCAGGGAGAGCCGUUCAGCAGCGAGAGCGACCGCCUCUGCACCCCCAGCGGCAUCUUCUUCCCUGCCUUCCAUGUCAACCGGACCACCGAGAGGAAGGAAGUGAUGGUGGCCAUGUACAAGCUCUUCGCCUUCCUCAAUGCCUCACUGGGGAACAUCACCCGCGACCAGGAGGAGCUCAACCCCACGGCCAAGGAGCUCCUCGACCGCCUCCACAACACCACCAAGACCACUCGGGGCCUCAUCUCCAACCUCACCUGCCUGCUCUGCAAGCACUACAAUAUCUUCCAGGUGGACGUGAGCUACGGGGAGAGCAGCAAGGGCAAGAGCGCCUUCAAGAAGAAGCAGCAGGGCUGCCAGGUGCUCAGGAAGUACGUGCAGGUCAUCGCCCAGGCUGCUCGUGUCCUCCUACCUCACCUCAGCCCCGCAUGAGCCCCGGCCCCUGCGCCACGCCGUGACCGGGACGGUGGACAUCUCCUUGCACCCAUCUGACAGAUGGGCACGGCGAAGCCUCACCACCUCCUCACCUCUCGCCUUCCUAUUUAUUACCUCCUGCUGAUGCUGCACCGGAUCCGGGCCAUCCCAUGCUUUAAUUUAUUUCCCCGUUCAGGGGAGGACGCGGGCAUGGGGCUCUGUCCUCCCCACCCUGGAGCCCCAUGGGGAUGCUCAGCCCCACAGCUCGGAACUCAUCACAGACAAAGUGAAAAAUCAGGAGGAGGCGACCCGCUCCCAACGGAUGCCAUCCAGCAUCCAACAGAAGAGAUUUUCCCCUCCCGGAUGCGCUCACACCCACCGCAGCCAGCAGGGACGCUGGGGAUGCGCUCCCACCAUACAUCCCACCCCGGCUAUGGGGCCGGCACCCCUACAAUGGGGCUGAACUGAGGGUGUGCGGUGGCCAGGGCUGGGUCCCGCCACCCAAUGGGGACAGGAAUGUGGUGCUGGGCAGCACCUGUGGAUGUUGGCAUGGCCCGCUGGCACGGACGGGGUCUCAGCCAGCAUGGGGACUCAGGGGCCGAGCCUGGGGCGGUGGCAGGAGGCGC